AUGAAGAGCGCAUUGAUUGCCGCCGCGGCGCUUGUCGGCUCCGCCCAAGCCGGCGUCCACAAGAUGAAGCUGCAAAAGGUUUCCCUGGAGCAGCAGCUGGAGGGCUCAUCCAUCGAGGCCCAAGUCCAGCAGCUCGGCCAGAAGUACAUGGGCGUGCGCCCUACUAGCCGUGUCGAUGUCAUGUUCAACGACAACGUGCCCAAGGUCAAGGGCGGCCACCCAGUUCCCGUCACCAACUUCAUGAAUGCCCAAUACUUCUCCGAGAUCACCAUCGGCUCUCCUCCCCAGACUUUCAAGGUCGUCCUUGACACGGGAAGCUCCAACCUCUGGGUUCCCUCGCAGUCCUGCAACAGCAUUGCCUGCUUCCUGCACUCCACGUACGAUUCGUCAUCCUCGUCGUCGUACAAGAAGAAUGGAUCCGAUUUCGAAAUUCACUACGGAUCGGGUAGCUUGACUGGAUUCAUCUCCAAUGACGUUGUCACUAUCGGCGACCUCAAGAUCAAGGGCCAGGACUUUGCCGAGGCUACCAGCGAGCCCGGCCUUGCCUUUGCCUUUGGCCGCUUCGACGGCAUUCUUGGCCUUGGCUACGAUACCAUCUCAGUCAACGGUAUUGUUCCUCCCUUUUACCAGAUGGUAAACCAGAAGCUUCUGGAUGAGCCUGUUUUCGCCUUCUACCUCGGAAGCGGCGACGAAGGUUCUGUGGCUACCUUUGGUGGCGUUGAUGAGUCCCACUACUCGGGCAAGAUUGAGUACAUUCCUCUCCGCCGCAAGGCUUAUUGGGAGGUUGACCUCGACUCCAUUGCCUUUGGCGAUGAGGUCGCCGAGCUUGAGAACACUGGUGCCAUCCUCGACACCGGUACCUCCCUGAACGUUCUCCCCUCUGGCAUCGCCGAGCUGCUCAAUGCUGAGAUCGGCGCCAAGAAGGGCUACGGUGGCCAGUAUACCAUCGACUGUGCCAAGCGCGACUCCCUCCCUGACAUUACCUUCAGCCUUGCUGGCUCCAAGUACAGCCUCCCUGCUUCUGACUACAUCCUUGAGGUGUCUGGCAGCUGCAUUUCUACCUUCCAGGGCAUGGACUUCCCCGAGCCCGUGGGCCCCCUGGUCAUCCUCGGCGAUGCUUUCCUGCGCCGAUACUACUCUGUCUAUGACCUCGGCAAGGGAGCUGUUGGUCUUGCCAAGGCCAAAUAA